AUGGUUGAUGCUAGAAGUUUCAAAAGCCUGGUUGGAGGUUUGAUUUACCUAACCCACACUCGCCCCGAUAUUGCAUUCUCUGUUGGUGUCAUUUUCAAGUUCAUGCAACAACCUUCAAAGGUUCAUUUUGGAGUAUCAAAAAGGGUUUUGCAUUAUAUCGCUGGAACUAUGGACUAUGGUAUUUGGUAUUCACAAGUUUCCAAUUUUAGAUUAUGUGGGUUCACUGAUAGUGACUAUGCUGGUUCGUUGGAUGCAAAAGAGCAAAUAAUAGUGAAACAUUGCAGCACUCAUAAGCAAUUAGCCGAUAUACUAACGAAGUCUUUGGCAGCAGACAAGUUUAUUUAUUUGAGGGCUUUGCUUGGUGUCUGUAACUUUGAAUUGAGGGGGAGUAUUGAAGACUAA